UCCUCUUGGUAAUGAUUACAGUAGGAGCAGACUUCAGUGGCUCAGACUUCGUAAAUAUUACCGUCUUUGCUUAAUUAUUGUUAAAAAUCCUGUGUAUUUAACGUAAAGUUUUAUGAGGAAGUUGUAAAUACUGAUUUACAACUUAAUUUUUUCCACUUUGUUUUUGGAAGACGAUGUCAGUCAUGCGCAUGAAAGCAGGAAGGUGUCCUACUGAUGAGCUUACUCGCACCAACUGCGCCGUUGCUAGCAAAGAUGACUUCCCUGAUGAUGUUCAACACAUCGAAGUCAGCACUGGCCCGGGACAGCACUUUGUCUUCUCUGUCAAAUACCACCCGGAGAUCCCUCGGGGUCAAAUUGGGUUCAGUCUGCCGCAACGUAAGUGGGCUACGUUGUCUCUGGGCCAGGACAUUGACGUCAAGCCUUACCACUUCAACCCAACGUCUAGCUCAGAGUGCCUCUGCACCAUCACUCUCGAGGCUGACUUUCUGCAAAAGAAAUCAUCCACCACUGAGCCGUACGACACUGACAUGAUGGCCAAGGAAUUUAUCAUGCAGUUUUCCGGCCAAGCAUUCACUGUUGGCCAACUCCUGGCUUUCCAGUUUCUGGAGAAAAAGAUGUUGAGCCUUUACGUGAAAAGUUUGGAAGCUGUUGACAUAAGUGCCAUAAAAAACGGACAGGAUGCUAAACCUCGAAAGACAAGAAUGGGACGGUGCUUGGGGGACACCAUGAUUCAGUUUGAAAAAGCAGAGAACUCCUCCCUCAAUCUGGUUGGAAAAGCCAAAGGGAAAGUUGUCCGUCAGUCAAUCAUAAACCCUGAUUGGGACUUCAAGAGUAUGGGAAUCGGUGGACUGGACAAUGAGUUCAACGCUAUCUUCCGAAGAGCCUUCGCGUCUCGAGUAUUCCCACAAGAAAUCGUGGAGCAGUUAGGCUGCAAGCACGUCAAGGGCAUUUUGUUGUUCGGUCCGCCUGGCACUGGUAAAACCCUGAUGGCACGGCAGAUUGGAAAAAUGUUGAACGCCAGAGAACCUAAAAUAGUCAACGGGCCACAGAUUCUAGACAAAUACGUUGGUGAAUCUGAAGCAAACGUUCGUAGACUUUUCGCUGAUGCUGAAGAAGAAGAAAAGAGGCUGGGUCCUAACAGCGGGCUGCACAUCAUCAUCUUCGAUGAGAUAGACGCCAUCUGCAAGGCGAGAGGUUCGUCAGGCGGCAGCACCGGCGUGCACGACACCGUGGUCAACCAGCUGUUGUCCAAAAUAGACGGUGUGGAACAACUGAACAACAUCCUCGUGAUCGGGAUGACCAACCGACGUGACAUGAUUGAUGAGGCUCUGAUGCGACCCGGCAGACUGGAGGUUCAAAUGGAGAUCAGUCUGCCCGAUGAGAACGGACGAGUGCAGAUUCUCAACAUUCACACCAGUCGGAUGAAAGAAUACAAAAAGUUGAGCGCAGAUGUUGACUUAAAGGAACUGGGCGCACUGACCAAGAACUUCAGUGGAGCUGAGUUGGAAGGUCUUGUGCGAGCUGCUCAGUCCACAGCCAUGAACCGGCUGAUCAAAGCGUCCAGCAAAGUAGAGAUAGACCCUUCUGCCAUGGAGAAGCUACUGGUGUGCAGGGAGGACUUCAUGCACGCUCUGGAGAACGACAUCAAGCCGGCCUUCGGUACGAGCGCUGAGGCCCUGGAUCACUUCCUCACCAGAGGUAUCACUAACUGGGGAACUCCGGUCAAGAACAUCCUGGAGGAUGGAAUGUUGUUCAUACAACAAGCCAAAGCUCCCGAGUCUUCUGGGCUUGUCAGCAUUUUGUUGGAAGGACCGCCAAACUCUGGAAAGACUGCACUAGCUGCCCAGCUGGCUAAAAUGUCUGACUUUCCAUUUGUCAAAGUUUGCUCCCCAGAAGACAUGGUGGGCUUUACAGAAUCUUCUAAGUGUCUAACUAUCAGGAAGUAUUUCGACGACGCAUACAGAUCCACUCUGAGCUGUAUCUUGGUGGACAACAUCGAGCGCUUGUUGGACUACGGCCCCAUUGGUCCUAGAUACUCCAACCUCACCCUUCAGGCUCUACUGGUCCUGCUCAAGAAGGAACCACCUAAGGGAAAGAAACUGCUCAUCCUGUGUACCAGCAGUAGAAGACAAGUGCUAGAAGAGAUGGACCUGCUGUCCGCGUUCACAGCUGUACUGCACGUACCUAACCUCAACAAGGCUGAACAUCUGCUGGCCGUGGUCGAGGAGAGCGAGAUAUUCUCCAAGGAGCAGAUGGCUCAACUCAUGCGUCAGAUCUCAGGACAUUCCAAGAUUUUCAUCGGGAUCAAGAAGCUGCUAGCUAUGUUGGACAUGGCUCGUCAGACGGAGGACGCGUAUCGAGUAGUCAAGUUUGUAUCGAGGCUCGAGGAGGAAGGCGCACUCGAUCGAGGAAUGACCAUACACUAGACAGUAUUAGCCUCCUCGUAACAGCACAUCCUUCCUUAGGUAUUAUCAGACCUGCUUGUUGAAUUUGUGAUUUAUUUAUUAUAGUAUGUUACUUACGACGUUACGUUUGUGCAUUGUUAAUAGUAAAAGCGUAAUUGAUGAUAGAGUUUUAUUAUGUAUGUGUGGACUGGUUUGACCGGUUAAACCACCGAGCUGUGAGAUGUAUUACUCAUUAAAACGUCCAUCAACUCUAAAUGUUUAUGUGGCGGUUAGAAGGCUUUUUUUAAUUCCACAAGGUUUUAGCCUGGAAUUUUUUCCACAUUACUUCAGACUAAGCUUAGAGGUUGCGACAUUAUCACUUAGAUAAAACUCAUUGGUGGUGGGAUUUGAACCGGGGACCUUGGGGACCGAAGCCCGGCGCUCUACCACUAGACCAUAUGUUAAAUAGGUGCCAAAGCAAGACUUAACCUCCGCAUGCUAACCAACGUUGAUGGACAAUUUGGUGAAUAAUACAAUUUAUCUAUUGUUUGGUAAUAAAUCGAAAACUCAGAAGGAUUCAAAGGUAAAUGUAUGUAAAGCUGGUAAAAAAUGAACUAGGCACUGGCUGAACAAGGCAUACUGCAAAACAAAUGAUGUCAGCAAUUUGGAAUUAAACACAGCUGUGACAGCUAUCCUUGUUAAAAAUUGGAAUGUCAAAGAUAAUAGGUGUGCUGUCUAAACUGCUGUAAAAUGUAAAAACUGACAAAUUGUAAAAAAGAUCUAUCCAACAAACAAAAACAACAACAAAAAAAUAAAACAGAAGAAUAAAAAAAUUAACAUUUUAUUGGUUAAAAACUAUUUAUAAAAAAAUUCAAAUAAAUUGCUGAUGUCAUUUAUUUUAGAGUAUGACUUAUAACACAGUGUUCAUAUUGUAAGUUAAAGUAAAGUGGAUAUGCUUGAAUGUUAAAGGUUCUGGUUGGUACCUUUUCCUAAAAACGGACUACUUGAACAUCAACAGUGUAAGAUAUUACCUACCUAAUUAACAUUUUUUUAAAUAAUUAAAGUCAUCACCCCAUUUUCAAUCUAGAGGUGCAUUUUUCCCCUUUAUAGGUACUGAUUAAUUUAUCUGUAUAUGACUUCAUGCACACAAUAAUCAAUGUUACUUUAAAUUUUAAUGCUUGUAAAUGCUAUGUUUAGUUAAUUUAUGUUUAAAGGUUUAAAAAACGUAUAUAACUUGUUAAAUCAUCUAAUAAAAGGUAGAUAGAAUCAAUUUUUUAAAAUUCUGCAUCCAGUGUAAUUUAUUGAGUUAACUUUAAAACUCUUUAAAUGAUUUGGUAUUUAUUUGUAAAUUUUAUCGUUAACCUGGUAAAAAUGUAGGUAAGCAAUUAUUGGUGUUAAUUAUUAAAUAAUAGUUAUGAAACUUACUUUGGAAUCAAAACGAUUGACAUGAAAUAUGCACUUUCUCUCAAUAUUUCUCUUUAGGCUGAGUUGCACCAAUGGUCAUAAAUAAGUUUUCGUGAUCAUUUUCAGUUAUAAUUAAUCGAUUGUAAACAUUCAUUUCUUGAAAAAGUAAUUUUACUCAACUAUAGGUGUCUAAACAACGACAAAUUUUUAUAUUACUUUUUUCAACGUUUAAUUAAACUUCAAAUUAUAUAAGACCGUUGUGCAUUUUUAUUUGAACUUUACACUGUAUAUAAACCUGGAGCUUGUGUGGUUGUAGUGCAAUAGAUAAAAGUAGUCAUGCCAUAAAGUGUGUGUGAGGUAAUACGCAACUACCAAAAACUGCUUAACUAUUUUAAUUCUAACUAGUCUGCAUAGGUUACUAGGGGAAUAUCAAAAUAUUUGUAUGUAUGUUUUAAGACUGUAUCAAUAUACCUAUACAAAACACUGGAUCUAAUUUUGUGUGUAUAAAAAUUAGUGGCAUUUAGUAGAUAUCAUGAAUCUAAUUGUAAGACAUGUCUUUUCUCGUUUGAUAUGAAGUACAGGUAAUUUUAUUUGUUGUAUGCUAUGGAUUUUGGAAGAUGUACUGCAGAAAAAUUCAAUUUGAUGUACUAAUGUGUGUGCUAAACUUGAAAUUCUUUUUGCCUUUUUUCCAAGGUUAUACUUUUAUUGUGUUUUCCAAGCAAAUUCACUAGCCCACUUUAUAAACUUGGCCUUUAAUAAUUAGACUUUAAUAUGGACUUUAAUAAUUUAGUUUACUUUUGAACUGGUUUUAGUUUUAAAAUAUUUUACAACUUUCCAAACACAGAAAACCUUGAUUUUUGUUCAAUUAAUAUUUGUAUUUUUUUUACACAUUCUCUUAAAUCAAUACAUACACAUUUUUUAAAUCAAUACAUUACAACUUUUUCAUGAAACAUAUUUAGGUUUUCACCUGGUGCACCCUUCAAGAUGUAGGAAAAUCUAUGUUUUGAAAAUGUACAAAUAUGAAAAGGAAUUACUUGGAUCGUAUGAUUUUAGAGUAUUUAGAAGUAAUUUGUUUGUUAAUCACAUAAGGAUGUAGAUGCAAAGUUGUUGUUUGUUUAACAUUUAAUUGUGGUGUAAUACUUAGUAUGAAGUAGCAGAGAUAGAAUUAUCGUCAAAAGAAUGUUCAUCCUUUUGCUCAUAAAUGUUUGUUUAAAUAUCUGUUAAAAUAUAACAUUGUUUAAUAAUGCAGUUAGAUUUUAAAGAAUAAAAUUAAUUGGUGUUUGGUGUUAAAUGUGUAUAAAGGAUGCAGAAUGCAAAAUUUAAAGACAACUGUUGAAAUAAUUUAAAAGUUUUUAAAACUUAAUUUAAUUUUUUACUUCUGUUAAGCCUGUGUAUUGUUUAUAAGACAUAUUUUAUUAUCGAUUCUGUGUAAUUUUAGAGUAUUUAUGGGCCCUGUUAUUUAAGCAUAUUGGAAAAGCUAAGUGGUUGUUGUCGCUUAUAUUAAGUCAAUUGUUAGAAGACAUAUCAGGCUUAAAGUCUGACUUAAGUCGCCUAAGCUUCCGAACUUAUAUAGAGCAAUAAAAUUGAUGUCUUGCCGAGAAUAUUGUAAUCAGCCCAUCGUAUUUACCUUGCCGUAUUUGGAUGCAAUAUUUAAGAAUGUAUUUAAUUUAUUGAUUAAUUAAUUCAUUAGGGUACUGGUAAUCUCUCCAUAAAAAUUUCCCAUUUAACUUGUAAUCUCUUUAUAAAACAGAACUAACUAUAAUAUACACUGAGUUUGAGUUUUAUUCAUAAAAGGGUUUCGACUGGUCCCUCACAAAAACAAAAAAAAUGCCACCAGUUUGAAAGCAAAAAAAAAACAUAAUAUAACCUGAAUAAUGGAAACUCAAGUACCAAAACUACAACAUUACUUAUUAACGAUUAUAUUAACAUUAUUAACCUUCUCCUGCCUCCUCCAUCCCUCUCAAUUUGGUACUUAAAAUUAAAAUAAUAUCAAUUCUUAAUUUGUAUUUUGUACUAACAAUAAUUGACUUAAGAGGGAGUAGUACCUGAAUGUAGUUCCCUAUUCCGCCUCUGUCUCAAAUAAAGCCUUGCCAAUACUUUUCAACACCUAAAAUCUUGCAUUGGUAGGUUGGGAUAAGACAGAGCUCUUGUAUGAUCUAAAAGACUUUUAUUUUUUGUUCUUGUUUUAACACAACAAUAUAGUAUUGUGUACACAGCUAUUAGUCAAAGAUAUCAUGUGCUAAAUAUUUAAUUAUUUGAGUAUAUUAUUAUUUACAUUUAUAACCAUAAGAAAUAAUUCUGUAGUAUUAAGUACUUCUGUAAAUUGGAGGUGUGCAAACGGGUUGAUUUUCGAGCCGAGCCUAGCAUACGAGCUCGAGAGUUCGCCAACUCAGAAAAUCACGCUCGAGCCGAGCUUCCACAUUUGCAGGCGAUAACAAAGUUCCUGUUAAUCACAGGAGAAGAUGGUGAUAUCCCUACAACCGCGAGAGGUGUUCAAAAUUUUCUGCAAUUACAGAAAUAAUUUAUAAUGAUUACACCACCAUUGUAGACGACCAGGAUUUUACAAUGAUCGCUUGAGUCAAUUAAUUAUGAUGUUUACACAACCCUGGAAGAUCUUUUUGAAUUUGCUGCGAUUGUGGAAAAAUUUGAUUUUUCCUAACCGCGGGGUUUGCUCAGAAUUUUCCACAAUUAUUGGCGAAGACGAUUAUGAUUAUGCUUGGCUGCGAGAUCGGUCCAGUAUUUGACUGCGAUUACGGAAAACAAUGAUGAUGUUUCUGACACUGUGGGAGACGAUGAUUUUGUUCACACGACCGCAGUAGACGUCCUGGGUUUUGCCGCGAUCGCUGAAGACAAUGAUAAUGUUUCUGUGGCUGCAGGAGAUGAACAGGAUUUUUUCUGCGAUCGCGGGAGACAGUGAUGAUGACGUAAUGAUAAUUGGACUGUAGCCUACAUAAUAUUGAUGAUUACCAAAUGUACUACUUUCUUAAAUACUGUAAAUCGUAACAUAAAAUUGUACUUUGAGAAAAGAACUAAACAAACAAAUUUAUUAUAUGUCAUUAGUUAAAAAUUCUCGGUUUGAAAAAAACUUGAGGCUCGAACUUUUCUCCAAAAGCUCGCCUCAAUGAAAAAUCUCAGGCAUGCACACCUUUCAUGUAAAUAAAAUAAUUUGUGUAAUAUUCACAGUAAUGUAAUUAUUAAAUGUAUGUUUUGUUAAUAUAUUUUUAAUUUAACAAAAAUGUGUGAUCAUUUUGCUUGUGCUACUCUAUACAAUAGAAAAAUACUUAUUUAAUGAGACUGUAGUUAAAACAUUACUUUUCCAUUUUAUUUCUUCAUGCUUAUAAAACUAAUAAAGUUUUCUUUUUUAUUAUGUUCCAAAGUUGCAAAGUCACUGCUUAUUUACAUGUUAAAGUUAGGAAAAUACCACCGUAAUAUGAAUAUUAUUGCAAUAGCAAUUGAAUAGUUAGAGUUAACAUUUUCAGAGAUGAAAUUAUUUAAGUAUUAGACUAGUUAAAUAGUAUAAUUUAAAUAUUUAAAUCUAUUUUUAUUUUUAUCUUUAAAUAGCAAAAUUAUGCCUAUUGUAAAAACAAAAACGAAUGUUACAUGUUUUAUUGUUGGUGGUAAAGACCAAAUGUGUUAUUUUUAACAAAAAUAUUGCAUGUUUUUUUACUAUUUUAAAAUUAUAUUUUUUUAAAUUAUGAAUUAAAUGGUUUACAAUUUAAGUCAGUUACCAUUACAAAUUUAAACUUCUUAAGCGUUUCUAUAAAAUAACAUUCCUUGUAUAGUUUUGUGUAAAUGUUUAUGUUGUACUUACAAAUAAUAAAAGAACAUAGUUCUGUUCAUGAUUAUGUAAAAUACCAACUCAGUAAAUGUAAAUUGUUGAAGUGUA